AGUGUCACCCUAGCCAACGAUUCUAGUACGCGAAACACUGUUCCAGGUCUACUGAAACCUCUCUCCAAACUACACAUUGGAGACUUCAACGUACACACCCUAUGUCGAAUCGGCCAGCAGACCUCCUUGACUAAGACUCUGGAAUCUCGUACCAUUAAUGUAUGCUGUCUCAGAAACACUCACACAGGACCCUAGUGUGGUCAGUCACUCGACCUCAGCUCGCCGAAAUGAUCUUACGGCUCAUCAACCGACCUGUAUGACAUGGUAGGACCUUAAGGAACAGUUGUUGCAGCCAGUAUAGCUCGGUUGCUUCGUCACGUUAGGCAAGCCCGACCACCACGUCAAGGUAGUAACAACAGUCGAGCAAUCCGCACUUAAUCAGUUGGCAAUCAAUGUCCGUAUGUACGGUAUGUGCUUUGCACCUUCGAAGUACAAAGUACUUUUACAAGACUGGCAGGAUUCUGAUCAUGUACUCACUUUGGGUGGUGAGCAGGUAGAAGUAGUCGGGAAUUUGUGUACCUGGGUAGAUGCAUAAGUGCUGGUGGUGGCGUGAGUGAUGAGAUCAAUGCACGUAUAGUGAAAGCCAGAGCGGCUUAUGCCAAUCUGGGCCACCUUUGGCGCCUUCGUGAUGUUAGUCUGACUGUAAAAGGUCGAAUCUACAACGCAUCGGUGAGUGCAGUUUUACUCUAUGCUUGUGAAACCUGCCCUCUCCGAGUUGAGGACGUUAGACGACUCUCUGUGUUCGAUCAUCGCUGUCUCCGAAGGAUUGCUGACAUCCAGCGGCAACACCAUGUCAGUAAUGAAGAGGUUCGGCAUCGUGUGUUCGGGCGCAGAGACGAUAGUUCAAUUGGUGUCACCAUCUCGAAACAUCGACUUCGGUGGCUUGGACAUGUCCUACGAACGUCGUCCCAGAGAAUUCCACGUCGUGCAUUAUUUGCCGACGCGCGGACUGGUUGGAAGAAGCGGAGAGGUGGUCAGUGUAUGACAUGGUGUCGUGGUAUGAAAGGAAGCUGCAAAGGACUGGCUUCUGUCGGUCCUUCACGACUCCCUGGUUGGGGUCUGAGAGAUGGUGCAACACAGUGGCUAGAGACGUUAUCAGAUAUGGCUCAGAAUAGAAGCCAGUGGCGAUCCUACUGUAAUCUUCUUUUACUUUCUUCAUAAAAAGUGGUUGUAUCUUCCUUAACUGAAAGAAUUCUUCUGGUUGUACCUUUCUGUUUCUCGCAUUAUUAUUAUUAUCAUUACACUACCAUACACUAAGCUGUGGUCGUUAUUGUUCUUUUUUUAUUUCUUAUACGCACCUUACCUUCUUUCUUACUCCCCAUUCUCAUUGCUUUGUGUGGCACAUGUAUAUUUGGUGCCCCCGUGUAGCAAUAUUUGUGUUCAAAUAAAUAAAUUGUCUGAAUAAUUAAUAAUACUAAUAAACCACAGAAAAUAAUGCGGUCAUGUGAACUUUCAAUCAUAGGUAAACAAUUGUCAGACGUUUUUCAAGUACAUUAGUGGCAAACAAAAGUGAUUAUUCUAAUUUGGAAUUCCCUAGUUAGAGAACAGAGGAAUGAAAGACCGUCCGAAUAUUAGGAUCAGCGGUAACUUGUAUGGAUAGAGACUGUCAAAAGCUAACUUUUUGACCUCUUUAGUAUUCGUCUCGUGCUAAUGAGAUGUGGCUAACCCACACUAGUGCCAGACUACAUUGCUUACGAUUGAGUUGCUACUAUUUCAAUAAUCAUAUUUUGGACAUGAAUCUUUCUAUCCCUUAUUAUAUCAGUAAAAAUCAGAACUGUAGAAUACGAAACAAGAAUGAUUAGAAAAUGACGAGGGUCACUUGGGGAAAGACGUGACAACAAGCAGAGAACACUUAGUUUACCUAGGUAAAAUCCAAUGAGGAAAUAUAGGUAAUAUUUUCUAUCAAAAUGCGAUAUGCAUUUCAGCAACCAUUGACCCAUAUAUUGUCUAUUGCACGUGCCACUAGAAGUGAGUUUUUUUGUGCUCCAUUGGGAAACUUGACUCUGAAUUCACAUCUCAAUCUCUGCCUAAACUUACGUCGAAUAGCCUAAUUUGCUCUCAAAUUUCGUUUUGUGUGGCACAUGUAUAUUUGGUGCCCUCGUGUAGCAAUAUUUGUGUUCAAAUUAAUAUAUAAAUAAAUAUCAACUAAUCAGUUUUCAUUGAUUGCCAAAAUCACAGUAACUUUAUUAAAAUAAACGAAAGUUAAUUGAAGUUCAGUUUAUUCAAUGCAUAUUGAUUGAAAUUAUGCAGUUGAAAAUAUUCAGGAAGUCAUUAAACAGUUUUAUUUUCGAACAAAUUAACGCAACGAAAUGCAUUAAAAGUUGACUGACCAAAAAUCACCUUAAAUAUGUGCAAAUUUUAAGGUGGAUUUUCUUUUUUGUAUGUUAUAUUUGGAAGUGUCAUAACCCUAAUAUCCCUCAUUUUCAAAAUGGAACAGUCCGAGGUUAGUUUUUGGUCUUUCUUUUCCGAUUAAUGACUGGAUAUUUAGUUCACAGGUGUUCUUUCCCCCAGAGAAUAAAACACCGAUCGAGUGAAUCUAAGCCAUUUGUUCUUAACUGAAUCUUAACGGUUAACAGAUAGCUUAGAGGCAAAUUGAUAAUAUGACCGUUAAAAUGGGCUAUCUUGUUUAUGUGGGUACUGCGGUGAUGUUUGCUGAUGUGCCUGUUGAUUUCAUUUAGUUUGUUGUUUAGAUUUCUCCGUUUUCUGGAUUUUUUAGCAUAUUGUGACUGUGGCGUCCGUUUUAAUAGCUUAUUAUAUUACAUUUACUGCUUCGGUGGUUUUUGAAUGAGCAUAAUUUGGCAAAAUGUCAUGCACUUCAACGCUAACGUAUAGAUUUCAGAGUUUUCUUUUUGAUAACUUAUUGCUUGAGUGCAAUGCGGUAAAUCGUAAAGGCUUGGGACCAGGAUCAGAUUCAUUGUUAUGUGCAUGAACUUCGAGAUCACACUUUGUUGCAGACUGGACUAAAAUGGUAUAAAUCCCGAUAUUCGUUAACCGUUAAUCUUUGGCAACAACAUCAAUACAGCUUAACAUGGGUUCUUAUUCGAUGUAAUGCGGCAAAUCAGAGCUAGUGGUUGAAGAUGUAUUAACUUCAAGAAAAUUACCGUAGAAAAUCUAGAUAAAUAUGAACCGUUGAUCCAGUUAACACUUAUAUCUAUCUUCAGUGUUUUCCACAAUCAUCCAUAGUAGUCAUUAUUGUGAAUUAAAAUUGUGUUCGUUAUUUUCUAAUCAUGAACAAUUGGCUGAAUAUUUCAAUACAAAGUGGUAGUUUCUUCUUUAUGCGUUGUAUUUGAGGAUGUCACAUCAACAACAGCUCUGUAGAGUAAUCAAACUCGACUCAACCAAGUGUGAUAUCGAUAGAACAUCAACUCCACUAUGAUGCUUAGUGUGUUCAGUAUUUCCAUCUCUUGCAAAUUUGAUUCGUCUUGAUUACUUACCACACGUAGAUUUGGUGGCUCAGCGAUCAAGACCCUCUCAGCCGCUAAGUUACGAGCCUGAUCUCUGUCCCACCUACUUCAACUUUGGGGAUUGGGUAGUAUCGAAGCUCUUGCACUUAAUGCGUGGCUCGUAGCCUAAGGUAUAGAUCUAUACUUGGUAAAUGACCCUUAAAAAAUAUAAAACACUUCUGACCACUCCCACAUCGUCAGUUACGUAACAAAGACACCGUAGAAAUUAGUUAACCGAUUUUAUCCAGAGAAUGUUACUCCACCAAUGUCCUUGCUCCAGGUUGUCGAAGACUCCUUCAUAUCUGUUAUAAUUCUCUCUUACGGUUAUAACCCAGUUAUUCCUAUUGCUUAGUAUUCUCGGACACCGAUUCACUCGACAAGUCCCCAAAUCAGAACACGGUUGAACAGCAAAGAGAUUAUAUUCCAAUAACAAGGUUAGAUGGAAGUAAGAAGCACAAUAGGGAAAACGUUAGUAUAUUUAUAGUUUUUCACAUGAGAUUUCUAGUGUUCACUAAGUAUUGACUAACACUGAUUGGAUAAGAAUUAGCCAAUCAGCGUGCACCAAAGCAAUCGUGCAUUGAGCAUGCUUUAAUCCAGUCUAUGUCCCGCUAACAAUAUUCUUUUCGGAUUCCUCGUUUAUAUUGAUGCUUAUGUGUAAAAAAUAAAGCUUUCUCAUAAUCGAUGUUUAAAAUCACGAAUGGUUAACUGGUUGAUUUUAUUUCGAAAUAUUUUCUAUGACUUUCGCGGUUAUCAUUCUAGCGUUUCCUUUGUAGAUGAAGAAGCGAUUACAUCGAUCUGUCGGUUGUUUUGGAUUUAGAUCUAUUCAUCUUUUUUCAAACACAGCGAUUACCAGUAAAAAGCUGCAAUCCAAAAAUCCCCCUAUUCAGAACUCUGAUCCAGACCCCAAAACGUAUAACAAAGGACAAAAUUUACCAGCAUCUAGUGAUUAUGACCUAAUGUUAAGUAGUCUAGUAAAAGAAAAUGAUGCCUCCUCAUGUUCCACUUCUCAAGUGACCAAUACUAAUGUGCAUAAUAGUAAUCUAUCACACACAAAAACUAGCAACGUCGAGGAAAAUGGAAAAUACUUAGUGUUUGGCGGUAAAGUUUCCGAACCUCGUGCCCCACGUAUUUCUAAUGUCAGAAAACAACAACCGAUGAAAUUUCAAUCUCGUACACUCAGUCCUUCCGAUAAUCAAGAUGUACAUGAGUCGUUGCAAAGAAAUUUUAUCCUUAACUGCUCAUCUGUUUCAACAUUGAAGCGCAACUCUUCCGAAACAAGAAAAACUGAUGAUUUCGAUCUACAAUUUGAAAAGCAAUUAAAUAAUGGUAGUAGACAUUAUGACCUAAAUAAUGAUGUAUCAGAAGAUAUUCACAAUUACUUAUUGAAUUCUCCAUCCUGUACAAAUUUACUAAACACUGUAACUGCCAAAUGUUCAGAUAAAAAGUUGAUUUCCAAGACGGUAAGUCUUGGAAUUCCUACACAAAGGCCAAAUCAUCCUCUAAAACUUUCUCCAUCUUUUAUGGAAUCAACUUCAAUGAAAACUGUUAAUGAUUCUUUGCGUCAUGAAUUAAAGCAUCCAUCUAGUUUCCUGUUUGCUAAUGAACAAAGAGAAAUGGUUGAGGAAUUACAAGCAACAAGAAUUAUUCUUUUGAAACUGAAACGUUUAUUAGUCGAGACUCCGAUUUCGGGAAAUAAUCUUUAUUCUUCGACUUUCAAACCAACAAAUCUAUGUAACGACUCGUUGCAUUCCCUCAACUUUACCAUGUGUCAUUGUAAUUUGCCGAAGAUAAUCGACCAAUACCCUCUAUCUGUAACAAAUCAAUCAAUAGAACUGGUCUCGAAGAGCUUAUUGAUAGCCUUGCACAGCUUCACUUUGAAAAAUCAGAAAUUCUAUGCGCUACCUAAUAACUGUAAAUCAACGUUUUAUCGCUUCAGAACUACUACAUAUCCUGAGGAUUUGGAUACUUAA